AUGGGCAAAGCCAACACCUUGCCCGUCGGGAAGUGCCUGGACUUCAUAGAAAUGCUGCUGAGAGACUUCAUUCUUCACUUCCUCCUCAUAGUUGUAGAAGUGGCUUCCUCUGGAAAAGUGUGUAGUUAUCAGGAGGUCUUAGACUACCUGAACCUGAGCAGAGGCAAUGAGCUGUUUUCCUUGACCCGACCUGUGAAAGAUUUCAGAAAAGCCACAAAGGUGCAUCUGGAAGUAUUGCUGUACGCUAUCCUGGAUGUGAGAGAGAUUGACCAGACAUUUGUACCAUAUGUUUGGAUAAUUAUGCACUGGCAGAAUGACUUCAUUUCCUGGGAUUCCAGUCAAUUCUGUAACAUCACAAAGGUUACUAUUCCCACAGAUAUUCUGUGGAAGCCAGAUCUCACCAUUGAAGAAAUGACAGAAAGGGAUAAAGCCCCUCCAAGUCCUUACCUCACCAUCACCAGCAGUGGUACAGUCUUGGUCCAGAAUGAUCAGGUGCUGGUCAGCACAUGCAUGAUGCAGGUUUACAAAUUCCCAUUUGAUGUUCAGAGCUGCACUCUCUCAAUUAAAUCAGUUGUUCACUCCGUUGAGGAAAUUAACCUGUUGCAUACCUUGAACUCCUCAGUGACUACUAAUUGGUCACGUGAGUUGAUGAGCACGCAGUAUGAGUGGCUGUUUGUUAACAUAACAGUUACCACCAAAACGGUUAAACCAUUCGGAUCCCAGCAAGACACCAUUAUUUACACUAUCUAUAUGAAAAGGAGAUCUAUACUCUACAUCGUCAACUUCCUGCUGCCUGUCCUCUUCUUCUUGUGCCUGGAUUUGUCCUCCUUCCUGAUCUCAGAUAGAGGUGGUGAGAAGAUCAGCUUCAAGGUCACGGUGCUGCUGGCUGUCACCGUGAUGCAGCUCAUUCUUAAUGACAUUCUGCCGUCAUCGUCAGACAAGAUCCCACUGAUUGCGGUCUACUGCAUUGGGAUUUUUACGCUGAUGUUCCUCAGCCUCCUGGAGACAAUCUUGAUGAUGUAUCUGAUGGACAUCGAGUCUGAAUCCCAGGAAAAUGAGAUGAACAAACGACACAGUUUGGAAGACGGUUGUGGAGACAGUCAAGAUAGAGACGCCAACUACCAAAGCUGUGAGAAAGGUAGGAGUAGCAGCUUGUGGGCUCUGGGCUUUUAUGGCCUGCUGUCUAAUUAUAAUUUUUUUUUAGAAUCUCAGUUUUUAACCAGGUCAUCAUCUUUCCAGGGCUGCGGCAGCCGACUGACGGAGCAGCUGCAGGAGUUUCAAAACUUCUCAGAUGGACUGAAGGAGAUAACAAGGAUGCUGUCUCUGCUUGUGAACAACGCCAAGGAAGAAAGGAAGCCUGGCUUUUGGACCAGAAAGAUUAAAAUCAUCAACCGAGCUUACUUUAUACUCUAUGUAACAGCUUCCAGCUUGUUCUUGGGCCUCAUGUUUUCCAUCUGGACUGCUGAUGAAUAAGGUUUCUGUUUCAGGCUCAGAUACAUUUAGUUUUAGUUUAUGCAAAUUUAAAAGUAAACUUGUUUUGAUAUAGUUAUUUAAAUGCCCAAUAGGUAUCAGUCGUCUUCUGCUGUUAAAGCAACCGGGUUUCUUUAACACUUCAGCAGCAUUGUGGGCUGAAUGAGGCCGUGAUUUACGAUUAUCCGAGAAAACCGAAUUUGGGUUUUUUUUACUGAAAGUAAGCCAAUGUUAACAAAAUGAACAGGAAGAAACAUACAAUGUAUACAUAUAUAAAUGUAUCUUGUGUGUUAUGAUUAUACGAGUUUCACUUUUUAAGCUUAAUUAAACGCACUGAUAAAUCAAUAUUAAAAAUGCAGCUGUAUUUUAAGAAAUAACCUUAAAAAUAUGCAAACAUGAUAUAUAUGCACAAACAAAAAGAACUUAAAUCUGAUUGAAAUAGAUAUCCAGCAUCUUUUAUUUAAGUAAAAUCAAUAUCAAAAGAACUUUCAUGUUUUUGUUUCAGGAAGAAGCUAAUUAAAUUGUCUUCAACAGCUAAUUGAAGGCAAUCUAUCUUGUCUUCAUCAUAAAUUAAAUAACCAAAUGUGGAAAUAUAUAUCAUGAGAAGCUCAUAUGUGUAAAGUAAAUUUAAAUUAUAAUUUCAUUACAAUCUUCAGAGCAAUAUUACAACAUCAACACUCAAAGCUAACAACGUUUUAAAAAUAUGUUGGAAUAAAAUCCCUAAAAUUCUUCCUUUUUUUUGUAUAAACAGUUAAUGUGGCUGAUUUAACACAAAGUGAUGAAGACCGAAUAAAACCCACCUACUCCGAUAUUUACAAAGUGCAUCCAACACCACAAAU